AUGGAUGCUCCGAAACAACUACCGGACCAAGAUAUGGCAGACCACCAGCCGAGUGAAAUACCUAUCCAAAGUGAUGAGACCUAUCCACAGGCCAUCUCCGAUUCCAAAACCCCAGUGCAGCAGGAAGCAUGCCCAAAGAAACCCCUAGCGAUCGAGCAGUUUCAAUCCACAUUGGAGACACUAGCAGAUCUCGAUCGCGAUGACCCGAAACUCGCCUUUCAAGCGGCUCGAACCGUGGGACUCUAUCGACGUCUAUGGGGCUCUUGUGUGCCGAAACACCGAGAAGGUGAGAAACCAGACGAAAACGACAAAACUUCGAGGGAAACUAUCACCAAAGUGAGCAACGAGCGAGAUGGGCUCCAGCAUCGUCCAGAUGAGCAGCUAUCUCGCCUGUAUUCCUUUGAACAGGCUUUGGGACAGACCCAAGAACGACUGAUUGGCGUUCUCAAGGACUGGAAUCAAUGCUCGAGAAGUGAUCUGGCUGCGUUGAUGGAUAUCAAAAGGUGCGCGUGA